AUGGCGCCUGUGAAGAGACCGCACGAUGUCAUCUCCAUCCACUCGGAUUUGAGUGAAGAAGAUUCGACCAGACUUGCACGACCACACAAGAUGGCGCGCUACAACCAAGUGCAUGGAGCAUCACAUCAAGACCUGGACGAUUACCUUGAGCAACACAACAUGCAAGGACUAGAGCGCACUGUUUCCGUCAAGCACGAGAGCAAUGCUGCUCCACAGACUCAACUAGGCGCGCUCGCAGCUACCCCUCAGACCAUUGACAGCGGCGACCUCGAUCUUGGUCCUGCUUUCCAGUACGACUUCAGUGAACUUCCGUUCGCUUACGAGAAGAUCCCUGAUUCUCAGGACGAGCCAAUCAUUAUCACUGACACUGCGCCAACCCCUGAGCGCAGCCAAUUUGACCAAAUUCUCGAGGUUGUACCUGAUGUCUCCCAUGAUCAUGUCAACCAACUGCUCGACACUCAUCAUCACAACCUUGAACGAAUCUUGGACAUACUUCUAGAUGGCAAGUAUCCCAAAGAGAGCGAUAAAUGCGCUGCCGAAGAAGCAGCUAGACAAGCCGCACUGCAUGACCAGAAACUGGCCGAAGAAGCCGAGAAGGAGAAGUUGCUCAAUCCUCAGUGCAUCUUUUCGGGUAAGAUGAAGGAUGUUAUCAUCGAAGUACUCAAGCAUGAGUUCAACACAAUACCCGUCAAGUAUAUCAAAGAGGUUCAAAAGGACAAGAAACACCUCUACCCUACUUAUUUGGCUCUCAAUGAAGCAAAGCAUACAGAGCCUUGUCCAUACGGCAAGACCCCCUGGAGACCUCUCAGAGACAUCAACUUCGAUCGCCUCCAAGCUACCAAAGACCAAAGAGCCAACAUUCCCAUAAUCAAGGAGCAAUUCGAGUCUGCCCAAAAGGCUGCCAUUGGACUGAAUCUUCAGCGCCGUAAGAGCAACACGCAGAAGAUCAAGGAAGAGAUCGAGGCUGCCGCAAAGGUCCGUGAGGACCAAUCGGCUCUGGAGCAUGCCAAAGCCACCGGCACCGUCGUAGAAUGUAUGCCCCCAACAAAAUCAUCAUAUGCGGCUCAGCAGACAAGCACCCUNGUAUGCUUUGACUGCAUGAAAACCUACCUCGAAUCGGAAGUUGGACAGUGCAGCUUCAAGCUUAUCUGUCCUGGUGGCUGUGAUGGCACCUUCAGCGAAUCCCAACUUCGUCUAGUUCCAGAUACCGAUGCACUGACAGACAAACUCAUGCGCCUCCGUCAAGAGAACGAUCUUCGUACUGCAGGCAUCGACGAUGUCGAGAGCUGUCCCUUCUGUGACUUCAAGACUGUCUGCCUGCCCAUCAACAUCGACUUUGAGUUCCAUUGUCAAUCUCCGGCCUGCAACAUCACCAGCUGCCGCAAGUGCAAGAACAGAACGCACAUUCCUGACUCUUGUGAAGAGAACCAGCGCAAGCGCGACAAAGAGUCUGCCCUCAGCCAUCGUCACAGAAUCGAGGAAGCCAGAAGUAAGGCUCUCAUCCGCCACUGCAACAAGUGCAAACAAGCAUUCAUCAAGAGCGACGGAUGCAACAAGAUGACUUGCUCCCAAUGCGGUAAUCUGCAGUGCUAUUUGUGCGGUGUGGAUGUGACUGCUAACUACGCUCACUUCAACGCACCUGGUUCAAAGUGUCCUGUAUAUUCUCAGAACAUAACUCUUGAUGCCAUGCAUGAUCAAGAGGUCAAGGCAGCCGCUGAAGCUGCACAGGCCGAGGUUUUGCGCGAGCAUCCCGAGAUUGACAAGGCGGACCUUGACAUCGACAGCGCGUCUAACGUUGAGAAGCCCAUGCCUGGUACUAACCAGCCUCAGAACUUCCCAGCCAAUCCCGUGUGGGAUGACGAGUUUGAAAAUCUGUUGUUCCGUGGAGAAGUGGCUCGUAUGCGCCGUCUUGGUCGUCGUCAGGAGGCUGCCAAUCCUCAGGUUGUGCGUCCGGAUCUUCUUCUCAGGAGAGGACAUGCACCCAUCCUCCCUCAAGCACCUGCCGCUGAUCUAGCAGCUGCCAGACACAGAGCCGCUGCCGAUGCUUUCAAUGCCGCUCAAGCUGCAAGGGAUCGUCCAGGUCUCUUUCCACCCAAUGCCCAGCAACUCAAUCCGGCUCCACGCGGUUUCGCCCUUGACGAUUUUCACUUUGAUCCCAUGGGCUUUGAUCUUGAUGACUUCCAGUUUGACUUCCAUGCACAAGCAGGUGCGAAUAUGUUUGGGUUCGAAGAGGGUCACAACGAGGAUCAUCUGCACCAGCCUGCUGAUCGCUGGCCAGCAGGGAAUGCAUUCUUCGCCGAGAACAGAUUCGGGGGUCUCAAUUACAUGGUGAACCCAGUUCAACACGUUCGUCUCAAUAGAGCUCCUCCUGCUCCAGCCGCUGGUGCUCAGGAUGGCAAUGAUCAUGGCAAUAACUACCUUGGCCAUCAGGACAUGGGUUAUGGUGUUGGUUUGUAG